CCCCCACCCCGCUCCUUCCCCCCCCAGCCCCAGCCUGCGCCAUGGAGGAGCCGAGCCGGGACCGGCCGGGACGAACGGGCGGACUAGGAGGGCAGUGGCCGGGGCCAUGGCUGGGUGUGGCAUUGCUGUGGUGCCCCAGGGCUCAGUAAGACUCCUGCCGGCGUAGCCCCCCCCAGCUCAGUUGCCCCCUGCGAUGUGCCCCCGCCGGCCUCGGUGAUGUACGCGCCGGAGUGCAAGGCGGAGGUGACGCCGUCUCACCACGGGCACCGCUCGUUCAGCUACACCCUGGAGGAACACACCAAGCAGGCCUUCGGCAUCAUGAACCAGCUGCGCCUGAGCCAGCAGCUGUGUGACGUCACCCUGCGGGUGCGCUACCAGGACGCCCCCCCGGCCGACUUCCAGGCCCACAAGGUGGUGCUGGCCUCCUCCAGCCCCGUCUUCAAGGCCAUGUUCACCACGGGGCUGCGGGAGCAGGCCAUGGAGGUGGUGCCCAUCGAGGGCAUCCACCCCAAGGUGAUGGAGCGGCUCAUCGAGUUCGCCUACACGGCCUCCAUCUCGGUGGGCGAGAAGUGCGUGGUGCACGUCAUGAACGGCGCCGUCAUGUACCAGAUCGACAGCGUGGUCAAGGCCUGCUGCGACUUCCUGGUGCAGCAGCUGGACCCCAGCAACGCCAUCGGCAUCGCCAACUUCGCCGAGCAGAUCGGCUGCACCGAGCUGCACCAGCGGGCCCGCGAGUACAUCUACAUGAACUUCGGCGAGGUGGUCAAGCAGGAGGAGUUCUUCAACCUCUCGCACUGCCAGCUGGUGACGCUGAUCAGCCGGGACGAGCUGAACGUGCGCUGCGAGUCCGAGGUCUUCCACGCCUGCAUCAACUGGGUGCAGUACGACUGCGCCAGCCGGCGGCUCUACGUGCAGGCCCUGCUGCAGGCCGUGCGCUGCCACUCGCUCACCCCCCACUUCCUGCAGACCCAGCUGCAGAAGUGCGAGCUCCUGCAGGCGGACGCCCGCUGCAAGGACUACCUGGCGCAGAUCUUCCAGGAGCUCACCCUGCACAAGCCCACCAAGGGCAUGGCCACGCGCGCCCCCAAGGUGGGCCAGCUCAUCUACACGGCCGGCGGCUACUUCCGCCAGUCGCUCAGCUACCUGGAGGCCUACAACCCCUGCGACGGCGCCUGGCUGCGGCUGGCCGACCUGCAGGUGCCCCGCAGCGGGCUGGCCGGCUGCGUGGUCGGGGGGCUGCUCUACGCCGUCGGGGGGCGGAACAACUCGCCCGACGGCAACAUGGACUCCAACGCCCUCGACUGCUACAACCCCAUGACCAACCAGUGGUCGCCCUGCGCCCCCAUGAGCGUCCCCCGCAACCGCAUCGGCGUGGGCGUCAUCGACGGCCUGAUCUACGCCGUGGGCGGCUCGCACGGCUGCAUCCACCACAACAGCGUGGAGAGGUAUGAGCCGGAGCGGGACGAGUGGCAGCUCGUGGCGCCCAUGCUGACACGCAGGAUCGGCGUGGGGGUGGCCGUGCUGAACCGCCUCCUCUACGCCGUGGGCGGCUUUGACGGCACCAGCCGGCUCAGCUCGGCCGAGUGCUACUACCCGGAGCGGGACGAGUGGCGCAUGAUCGCCCCCAUGCAGACCAUCCGGAGCGGAGCGGGCGUCUGUGCCCUCAACAACUGCAUCUACGCCAUGGGGGGCUACGACGGCACGGACCAGCUGCACAGCGUGGAGCGCUACGACGUGGAGACGGACACCUGGGCCUCCGCCGCCCCCAUGGGGCACCGGCGCAGUGCGCUGGGCGUCACUGUGCACCAGGGCAAGAUCUACGUGCUGGGCGGCUACGACGGGCACACCUUCCUGGACAGCGUGGAGUGCUACGACCCCGCCAGCGACACGUGGGCGGAGGUGACGCGCAUGACGUCCGGGCGCAGCGGGGUGGGCGUGGCCAUCACCAUGGAGCCGUGCCGCAAGCAGGUGGACCAGCAGCUCGACUGCUGCUAGCGCUGCGCCCAGCUGGGGCGGCUCCUCACCCCCCAGCGCAGGGGUCAGUGUUAACCAGCCGGGCCGGGCAGCCCCUGCUGCUGCUCCCACUCCAGGGGGGAAGCGUUUUGCCAAGUGCCAAGCGGGGUGGGGGCAGGGAAGUGCUGCCCCCCUCCCAGCAGUGCACCCCCCUCCCCACCCACCCUUUAGUUCGGAGAUGGGAACGUGGGGUCUUCCCAGCCCCCUCCCUCCUCGGGAGGAGCCUGUGCGAGGUGGCCAAGGAGCGCGGCGGAGUCUCUGGCUCCCGGGCCAGGCAGGGCGGCUCAGCUCAGCUCGGCUCCCCGGGCCAUGGCAGCUGGGCCAGGCCCCGGGGACGGGGGCACGUUCUCCCCCAGGGCUCUGGGAGCAAACGGACGAGCAGCCCCAGCAGGGUUGGCAGCAGCUGCAGUUACGGACCAGCCGAGUGUCUCUUACCAGUCCUGCUCCAGCCCAAGCUGGGCCCUGGGUUUUAAUGAUUUCAAACGCUGAUUGUUACAGGAAUAAAAAAUCCCUUUGUGAUUA